AUGCCAUUUAUACCAGCUUUGGUUUAUAUUACAACUGCCAUGAUGGGCGCCAAGUUUAAAGAAUUAAGUACUCAAGAGUUUAAAAACAAUUACCUCGCUCCUCUUGAUAGCUCUAUCAAAGAAUCUAAACAUAAUCUUUUUCCUUUCUUAGACUCAUACUAUGAUUCUCCAAGGGGAUAUACUUGGAAUAAUAAACUUGAAAUCAAGCAAUAUUUUCAUGGAAAUAUAGCUGGAACAAUUGACCGUCUUUAUUAUGCUAUCUUUGGUGAUUGCCACCACUUCGGUUCUUCUCCAGUUAUAAAAACUAUUUUGAAUGAAAAACAAAGACUACGAAUUGAUGCUAUGCAUUAUAAAAUGAACUAUUCUACAUACAAUCCAGAAAUAUGUUUUGCUCUAGGCACGUAUAAGUCGGAAAAUUAUUAUUUAUAUCGCGGCUUUAAAGAAUUGAAAUCAGCUAUGGAAAAUGUAAAUGGACCAAUUGAAUGCAUUUUUCCAGGGCGAGAAUGGAGUCCUAGGAUAUUUAGCACUUUAACUCUUCGGAGAUUUAUUUAUCAUGCUUUCCAUUGUGGCACUGAUAGAGUUUUCAUCUCAUAUCAUCAAUCGUUUUUAGGAUUUUUCAAAUACGAAAUCAUCGACGGUCAAAUGGAAAUAGAUUACUAUAUCAUAACUGAUGCAGAGACUGUCUUGGAGGGUGUUACAUUAAGAUCUGCUAUAGCUGGAUUUUUUUUCAAGACAGAAGAAGAAGCGCUCAAUACGAGGAAAACCCUAGCAAAGAUAUUUCAGGUGGCUUGUAGUUCUAAAGGAUUUGAUCCACUUUUAAAUAUACUUCCGAGGCCUGUUGAGCUUUUAGGUAAACUAUCCCCUAUUGAACUUCAAGAAUUGGAAAUAAUUGAAGAAAUGGUUGGUCUUAAUGAUUUUGAGAUAAUCUCACACGAACCGUAUUGGCGAAUAAUCCAUGAUGCAGUAAAAUGGUAUCCUAAUUUAGUUAUGAACCUUCCAUACACUGUGGUUGUUAAAUUAUAUUACUACUCCAAGUUAUUCUACGAAGACCAGGAAAAUGAUUUGUCAUGGGUCAGCAUUCCUGAUAAAAGAGAAUAUUAUGAAAUGUUUGUCAAUGAAUUUGCAAUUAAUAAAAUACUUGCAGAGUCGAAGUUUGCUUCCAAUUUCCCAAAGCUCCUUGUUUCUGUAUAUUGGAACGGACUUCCCGAUCAUCCGAUGCAUAUAUUUGAAUAUCUAGGAAAGGAGGCCUCAGAAGAAAAGUGGAAUAAAAAAGAAGUGUACAGAGUUAUCAAGUCAAGAAUCGAAGAGCUUCAUCUGAUAGAGAUUUCGCAUAAUGAAAUUUGGCUUGAAAACAUACAUAUAACUGAUUCAGGUAAAAUUUCGCUAAUUAACUUUGGGCUAUCACAAUAUCCUGCAACUGAAAUGAGUAAAAACGGUGAUUUUCGAUCUUUAAACAAUAUAUUUUCAAACCAUUAA